GGGAGUUGGUACUGGUACGUUGGUACAGUCGUACCACCAUGGGACUCUGUUGGCCACCAACUCCCAAUUUGGAUCGUCUCGAGUAAAAACUGCGUCAGCAGAAUCCGGCGGGCGUUGUUCCCGAAAGCCAGCCAGUCGUAGUUUCAGACAGGCAGCAGGGAAUGACUUCAAAUCACGGGAAACGCUGAAAAUCAAUCCCUUGGAAAUUUUGGCGGUUCUGCAAGACUUGCAAUGGCUUCUCUCCACAUUUCCAUGCGAAAACGACCAUCCAUGGAUCGUCUGCCUUGCAUUGAUCUUCAGAGCCUCGAUUCCAUCGGCUCUUCUAAAGGCGAAAGAAUCCAUCUCUUUUAUUUUAAAACCUGACCAUGACUUGGCAAAUGCAACCUCCCAAGCAAGUCAUGAAGGUUUCCAUGAUCGUGGCCUUCGCUGUUCUGUCGACGCUCACGACAUUCAGUCAGCUCAAGGGAUAUUCACUGAGAACGUACUAUCAUGCCACUGAUCAACCGAGAAAAGCAAACCUGAGGAGAAGCCCAUACUUGGACCGAAACAUAAAGAACUCAAGUGACGCCAUCGGAGCCAGGAAACCAAUCAUGCAGUCACCAACACCCAUGGUCAUAAAAACAGAAGCAGGUGCUGGCACCGCAAAAGAAUCCAAAGACACACCUCCAUGGUCCGAAAGUCGAGAAGCGGCAGAUGUCAAACUUCAACAUCAACUCGCUCAGUUUAUGAAGCAGCAAGUUCUUCAGCGGCAAAACACUACUCAAGGAACUUCGCAAGUUUCGGUUGCGGCCGGGACAAGCACCAAAGAGCGCCUACAAGAACAAGAAGACAAUCAGGUAUUUGUUUGUAUUACGGGGGUUCUCGGAGAUCUAGAACUCGAGAACAAAAUCGAAAAUCUCCUCCGGCCUCUUUCGAAUUCUACAGCCAAUGACAGCUUACACAUCGCCAUGGUACUGCAAGAUGACAGCAUCAAUACCGCCACUCUCACCAAGGAAGCUCCUUAUGACUCGGAUUUCAUGGCUUUUCGAGAGCCCUACUCCUUUUAUAAAGAGGCACUGUACGGAGGCGGUCGUCUCAUUACCAAUCAUUCGCAACUUGCGGAUCAGUACGAUCUUUUCAGUCGUUUCCAAGGCAAAGAGCAGCUAUUGAAUCUGACGUUGCAGGCACGCCCAAAUCGAUCCUUUCGCUCCAAGUAUGAUAUUCUUGGUUAUUUAAGGCGUCAGAUGCCUCGCCUUCGAAGAAACAAGAUCAUCAUCGACAUCCAACCACCGUUGGUCAAUCCACCUGUGAACUUGGAGUACGUACGAGCUAUUGCAAUCAGUGGCACCUUUGAAGAUGGAGAGAUUAGACGAGACAACUUUGAACGGACCAUUUGGAGAGCCGUAAAUGAUGUCCGAUUGCUAAAUCAGUACAAACAGUGCGGAGAAUUUCUGGGCCGACUUGCCAACGACACCAAUACCAACAAUAGAGUCAUUGUAGUCCGAGCCGGAGAAGAUGCCAUCCUUGCAAAGCCCCUCAAUGCAGCACUUCUGGCUACUACCCACAUCAAGAACUAUCACCUCCCGUGUACCACCAAACGUGGCCAUGGAGUCGAUCAAAUCGAUGUUAUGUCGUUGCCUGAUGCAGGGAUGGCUCGAGAGUACUUGGAAAGGCCAAUCAAAGAGUUUUAUCAAGAGGGGACCUUCGGAUUACAGUCGGAUCAGGGACAUACUGAAAUUAGAAGUUUGCCACAGUUCUUGCAGCAUGUCUACUCCAAGAUUGUGAUGAGAGAACCACCAAACAGUAACCUUUUUCCGGUCCCAUACCCCCUCGCUGAUGAUUCAAAAGCACUCGAACCUCGCGAACGGCAGCUUGAGCCAGCCGCUAGACGUGCCUUUGUUUGCAUUACCGGACAGGUGGGGCGGCUGGAGAUGGCGAACAAGCUACGAACAAUCAUCAAACCGCUACUUGAAUCAGGGUUCUAUGAUCAUGUGGACGUUGCUAUGGUACUAGGCGAUGGGAAUGCGACUUACAACAAAGCACCCACCGAUGAGGCGAGUGCCGUUUUCAAUGACAUCAUUAAUGGAACCUCUUUCCGCAAUAAAAGAGACGUCGUGAAAUGGUUUCAUCAUCAUCGCCACCAAAACAUUUCUUGGGUGAACCGUCACUCAACUUACACUCCCAAUCCAAAUCAAGCGGCGAAUCCGCAGUAUGUUAUUCAAAUGGGUCGCAAUGGGAUAUUUAUUCCUCAAAAAGACUACACCACUAUGAAGCUUGAGCAAUUUGAUCACAUGCUUUGGGCUAGGCUCCGUGCAAAUUUCAAAAUGGCCGACAGUUACACCCAAUGCUGGGAUGCAGCGGUCGCUAAGGGGUUCAACUAUAGCCUUCAUGUCAGGGCUCGAGAUGAUGUAGGUUUCGAAGAGCCAAUCAAUGUGGAGGAGAUACGUCGAAACCUUGAAGCCACUGGCAUGAUGACGUCGAGGCACCGAACGAAUGGAGGCAUCAAUGAUCGAUUAGCCUUUGUUGGGGGCGAUGCAGCCAAAUGCUACUACCGACUGCCGUUCAUCAAAUACUACGAUGGGCAAUUCCUGGACUCGAGCAUGUCAAACCCCGAGUCAUACUUCAAGCGAAUCUAUUGGCGAGCAGCCUGCCCACAACAGAUAGCCUUGACAGACAUGGAUCCAAAGAAACUGAGAAACGGCAAAUUCCUUGAUUGAAAUCAGUACCGGUACUGUUUCCUCGUCAUUUCGACAAAGCUUCAAGUUUGAACUCUUGCUGGCUAGAGCGGCCGGAGAAUACCCUUGGCUCUGUCAACCAUCCAGCGCACUGCACAUCGAAUCUCUCUCGAGCUUGGUCGUAGAGCCAAGCAAGGUCGAGAGACAUGACCUCAUCCUCAUAUUGCUAGCUAGCUAAUAACGAUUCUAUUGUACUUG